GCUAAUUGACGAUGUUCCCCAAACGAUUUGCCCUUUUUGUUCCUGAAUAGUUUUCAACCAUACAUUCCAUAGGAAGCACAUGAGACCACUCAUUAAACUGUAACAAACGACAAAACAUGAAAAUCUUGCGGUCUAAUGUUGUGAUGGAGCAUCAGUUAGUUUCUCUUCCACUUACCUAUCCAUGAUCGUCCCUUGCAAAGCUUCAAGCUUUAACAACGAACCUAUACUUGCAGAAUUUCCCUUCCAAAUAUUUCACCGCACCAAAAGCAAAAACAAAUGUUGCCUAGUCUCGUAUAACGGAAACAGGAUCAAACUCAACAGUAGCAGAAUUUACGCCUCCAAGGACCACAAUAAUUGUUAUAAUGGAAGUGGUAAUGGGAAGAUUAGGGUUGAGAAAGGAGAAAACGAGGUGCGCUGCGAAGUUGAUGUGGUUUCAUGGCGGGAACGGAGGGUUAGAGCCGAAAUAUCGGUGAAUGCUGAUGUUGACUCUGUUUGGAAUGCUCUCACCGACUAUGAACGUCUGGCGGAUUUUAUCCCAAAUCUUGUUUGCAGUGGGAGAAUUCCUUGUCCACAUCCUGGGAGGAUAUGGUUGGAGCAGAGAGGUUUGCAAAGGGCGCUAUACUGGCAUAUUGAAGCUCGAGUGGUAUUGGAUCUCCAAGAGUUUCUUCAUUCAGCCAAUGAUCGGGAGCUUUACUUUACAAUGGUUGAUGGUGACUUUAAGAAGUUUGAGGGCAAAUGGUCCAUAAAAUCUGGUACAAGGUCAAACACUGCCAUAUUAACCUAUGAAGUCAAUGUGAUUCCUAGAUUCAACUUUCCAACCAUCUUUUUGGAAAGGAUAAUCAGAUCAGAUCUUCCUGUGAAUCUUCAAGCCUUGGCUUGUCAAGCUGAAAGAAGUUUUGAAGGGAAUCAGAAGACAUUAUUAAUAAAUAAGUCCUUGGGCAAAAUAUCUUUGCCUGCCCUUACUUCACCUGUCAUAGACUUGGAUAGUUCCCUGCUUGAGAAGACCUCUGGAAAGCUUAAAGAGUAUAAAACAAACUCCAAUUUUGGUCCUGUGCCUUCAUGUCAAAGUGAUUUAAAUAGUAAUUGGGGUGUAUUUGGUAAAGUUUGCAGACUUGAUAAGCCUUGCAUGGUUGAUGAAGUUCAUCUUCGUAGAUUUGAUGGUCUAUUGGAAAAUGGAGGUGUUCAUCGCUGUGUUGUUGCUAGCAUAACUGUGAAGGCUCCUGUUCGUGAAGUUUGGAAUGUUUUGACCGCAUAUGAGAGUCUUCCUGAGUUUGUUCCAAACUUAGCUAUCAGUAAGAUUUUGUUGCGAGAGAACAACAAAGUUCGCAUUCUUCAGGAGGGAUGUAAGGGCCUACUGUAUAUGGUACUUCAUGCACGUGUUGUUCUAGAUAUAUGUGAACUACUUGAGCAGGAGAUUAGUUUUGAGCAGGUUGAAGGAGACUUUGAUUCAUUUCAGGGAAAAUGGAUUCUAGAACAGUUGGGUAGUCAUCACACGUUGUUGAAGUACACUGUAGAGUCGAAAAUGCACAAAAAUUCAUUGCUUUCUGAAGCUAUUAUGGAAGAGGUUAUCUAUGAGGAUCUUCCAUCAAACUUAUGUGCUAUUCGAGAUUAUGUAGAGAAAAGGGAAGCAGAAAAUCCUGAAAAAACAUAUUGCGACAGACAAUCAGAGGAAUUAGUUGCCUCAUUGAGCAAUGUCAAUGAAACUGAUUGUGGUGAAAUAGCUAAGCAACUUUCUAAUUCAGAUGGUCCAGAUUCAUCUAAACAAAGACCUAGAGUUCCAGGCUUGCAGAGUGACAUAGAAGUCCUUAAAGCAGAGCUCCUAAAAUUUAUAUCUGAACAUGGGCAGGAAGGAUUUAUGCCUAUGAGAAAACAACUUCGUUUACAUGGCAGGGUAGAUAUUGAAAAGGCCAUUACCCGCAUGGGUGGAUUUCGAAGGGUAGCAUCAUUGUUGAAUCUCUCCCUAGCUUAUAAGCACCGCAAACCUAAGGGUUACUGGGACAACCUUGAGAAUUUGCAGGAAGAGAUCAGUCGAUUCCAGGAGAGCUGGGGAAUGGACCCAUCAUUUAUGCCCAGUAGAAAAGCUUUUGAGCGCGCUGGUAAAAGAUCUUCUUUGCAUUUCUGUUAUGAUAUAUGCUUGUCACAUCAAACUCUAGGACGUUAUGACAUUGCUCGUGCAUUAGAGAAAUGGGGAGGUCUACAUGAAGUAUCGCGUCUUUUAUCGCUGAAGAUGAGGCACCCCAACAGACAUGCAAAUACUGAAAAGGAUAAGAAAACUGAUUUAGAAGGUGAAAGUAAAAUUACGUCUAAACCUUGUAUUUCCCAAGAUACAGAAAAAUGGAUCAUGAAACUGAAAGAUUUGGACAUUGAUUGGGUAGAAUAAGCAUGAACUCUAGCAGAGUAUUUUUUAUAUUAAUGUUGGGAAUUAAAAUUUUAAUGUUUUAAUAAAAAAAUAAAGAAUUUCAGCGAUAGAUUAAAUUUGAACCAUAUGUUGUGUAUUUCAUUAAUCAGUAAUAGUAUGUGAGGUGAGUAAUGUGGUUACCAUGUGUAAGCGUCUUAUUUGUUAAAGAAAAGUAGAAUAGAACGCUUACCAUUUCAUCCUAUAUUUAUUACGUUUUGUCAUGUAACUCAUCACAAAUAUUUAAAUUCUAACAUUCUGUGCUUCAUAUUACUGUUAA